AUGGGUGUGUGUGUCAGAGCUGUUGCUGAGUUUGUCUCUCCAAUUUGUCCAAUUUCCUCCUGUAGUGUUCUCAAACAGUGUAAAGAUGUGGAGCUCUCCUUCAGUGACGUGACGGGCAAGCCUGAAGCCUUCAAAGGCACCAAGAAAGGGAUGCUGUAUCUCACCCCUUACAGGAUGAUCUUUGUGUCAAAGGGCAAGGAUCCUAUGCAGUCUUUCAUGAUGCCGUUUUAUUUGGUGAAAGGAUGCUCAAUCGAGCAGCCUGUUUUUUCUGCCAAUUACAUCAAAGGACAGAUUCAGGCCGAGGCAGGAGGUGGCUGGGAAGGGCAGGGGACAUUUAAACUGACUUUCAACAGUGGAGGAGCCAUUGAGUUUGGACAGUUGAUGUUCAAAGCUGCCUCUAAUGCUUCUAGUGGCGUUCCUCUCCAGAACCCUGGCUAUGGCUAUACACCUGUGCCCGGAGGGUAUGCACCCGCCCCGCCUGCUCCUGGGGGUUAUUCACCUGCGCCGGGGGGCUAUGCUGCUCCUCCACCACCAAACGGACCGUAUCCUUAUACACCACCGCCAAUGAAUGCCUAUGGACCUGCUCCACAGCCCAUGGGAUAUCCGUACGCCCAGACUCCAGGUAUUUACCCACCGCUUCCAAACAUGAACCCCGUGUAUGUGCCACCUCCUCCCCCCUACUCCGGGCCAUCUCCUGCAGGACCCUCGGCCCCCUCAGCUCCUCCAGCCUGGGUGGGCCCAGGGAUGCCAGGGGACAGUAAGGCCAUGGAAGCCGCUUCCAGUGCCUAUUACAACCCUGCCAACCCACACAAUGUGUACAUGCCCAUGGAUCAGCCGCCUCCUUACACACCUCCUGAGGAUAAGAAGAACAACUAA